CACUCUGAGUUUAGUUUAAAACUUCCAAAUAGAAAGAGAGAGACGGCUCUUUUGGAUAAACAAAUACUUGUGCGGGGAGCGGUUAAAAGCUAAACAAAGCUGCCGGUCAGGAGCCCGCGAGCAGCCGGCCAGUGUCCGCUCCUCAACCUGCUUAAGGCCCCAACUCGCAGUCUGGGAGUCUUCCUUCACGGUCGCUUACGAAGGAAGGACACCUGGCAUCUCCUUGGAAUGGUGAGAGGAGGAAAGUCAAAAGAAGAAACGACUUACUGUGAACCGUACUGCCUCCAAGGAUUAAGCAUAUGAUGGCUUUCAUUGAACAAGAAGCCAAUGAGAAAGCAGAAGAAAUAGAUGCUAAGGCAGAAGAAGAGUUCAACAUUGAGAAAGGUCGUCUCGUGCAAACCCAAAGACUGAAGAUUAUGGAAUACUAUGAAAAGAAGGAAAAGCAGAUUGAGCAGCAGAAGAAAAUUCAGAUGUCCAAUUUGAUGAAUCAAGCAAGGCUGAAAGUCCUCAGAGCGAGAGAUGACCUUAUUACAGACCUACUAAAUGAAGCAAAACAGAGACUCAGCAAAGUGGUAAAAGAUACAGCCAGGUACCAAGUGCUGCUGGAUGGACUGGUACUCCAGGGUUUGUACCAGUUGUUGGAGCCCCGAAUGAUUGUUCGUUGCAAAAAACAGGAUUUCCCUCUGGUAAAGGCUGCAGUGCAAAAAGCAAUCCCUAUGUACAAAAUCGCCACCAAAAGAGAUGUCGAUGUCCAAAUUGAUCAAGAGGCCUACCUGCCUGAAGAAAUAGCUGGAGGAGUUGAGAUCUAUAAUGGGGAUCGUAAGAUAAAGGUGUGCAAUACCCUGGAGAGCCGGCUGGACCUCAUAGCCCAGCAGAUGAUGCCAGAAGUGCGGGGAGCCUUGUUUGGUGCAAAUGCCAACAGGAAGUUUUUGGACUAAGCCUUGGGAGCUGGAGCUCAUCCACUGCUCCACUGCUGUGAUGCGCAAGUUUCUGAUAUUGGAAGAAACAAGAUGAUCUCUGUAGCUUCCACUUUGCUGUUCUAAUAUACUCUAUUUAUCAGUGAAUGCCCUUCUGUAGCUAAUGCUCUUGGCCUCGUUGUUACCAGUGGGAGAAAGUUACGCUUGUAUGAUCAGGAAACCUACCUCUAGCUUAUCUGAAAGUAACACAGCUUCUGGCUGGUUCUGCAGCCUGAGGGUGAGGGGUCAGAUAGUGGCUGCGUGAACGUCUUCUGCUCCUCUCUGGUCCUAGUUAUCUAGUCUGGAGGGUGAUGUGUCUGCUGUUUUCUGUGCCGCUAAGUCUCUGCUCUUUAGGCUUCAAAUGCAUGUGGGGCGUGCAUUCCUUCCAGCAGUAGUAGCUUCACUGUUAGCUGUUUGGGCCUAGAAAUGUUCCUUAUGUGUAAAUGUGAUUUAAAAUCAAAGUGACGAGUAUGCUUUAUUUAUUAAAACAAAAGGUUUACGUGGA